AUGGGCUGCGGGACAUCAAAUAAUAGCAUUGUACAUACAUCGAUUGACGUAAAUUCUGUUGCUAUGAUACCAAAUACAACACUGUUGAAUCUUGAUACAUCACAAACUACUGCAGUUUCAAAUACAAAUAAAAUUCAAAUUCUUAUUGCUAGUCACACAUCUCAACAAACGAUUAAUGAAAGAUUGAAACAAGGAUUAUUGAAUCAGUCUCUAUCGUGUGAUAUAUUAAAUGAAAGUAAACCACAUUCAUUGAAUGCAAGAGCCAAUGCUAUUCAAUGGUGUGAUGUAUUUGUUGUUGUCAUUAGUCGACUCUAUCAGAGAACUUCCUUUUGUAUGGAAGCUAUUAAUUAUGCUAAAGAUAAACGUAAACCAAUUAUUACCGUUUUUGCCGAACCUAACUUUCGUCCCUAUGGUGCAUUAGGUGCUAUAUUAGCAAGUGCCAUUCAAUCGAUUGUAUUAACUGAUGAUAGUUCAUUUGCACAUGCUAUCUCAGAAAUUACGAAGAGUACUCGGACAAACGUAAAAAAAGGAACGAAUACUGUGAAUGUCAAAGAUCCAUCAGAAAUGAAUAAUGAAGAUGCUAGUACAAUACUUCCAUCAGGUUCAUCAACGUGUACAGUACUUAUUUGUACUGUUGAUGAUGGUAGUGCUGUCGCUCAACUUGUCUUUGAUUCGCUUAAACCUACUCAAUUAUCUGUAAUUAUUGAAAACUUAUCAAAAUCAAAUGCUACGUGUAGUGUAGCUAAAUGUACUGUUUUUGUACCAAUUCUUACUCCUCAACUCGAACAAACAACACUUUGUCGAGCAGCAUUUGAACAAGCUCGUCGCCUCUCUAAACCAAUCGUACCAGUGAUGGCUGUUAAAAAAUGGCGGCCAGAAGGUUGGCUUGGAUUAGUUAUUGCUGGAAGAAUAUUUUUUCGUAUUUUCGAUCAAGACACAGCAUAUAAACCAUUGUAUGAUAGCAAUCGUAUUACUGAUUUACGUGUUGAAAUUGAAUUUGCAUGUCAACCAAUGCCAAGUGACGCUGAACGUGAAGAAAUUGAGAAAAAGGCAAUUCAAAAGGAGCUUGAUGAUUGUAAAAGUAAACUAUCAACAUGGCCACCAAUGCGUAAAUCUCGCAUUGUUAAUUUAACGAAAGUUAGACAACCUGUUAGAAUUCAAUUUCCAGAACCUCAUGCUGAUUCAUACUUCGAUCAUACGCAUCAUUCAGUCUCACGUCUGACGUUCAAAGCACCUCCAAUGCUUGUUGAUCAAUAUGGAUUGCCGAAACGACGACCUAUCGAUUGUAUGAUCAGUUAUCAAUGGGAUAAACAAGAUCUUGUCCGACAAAUUUAUGAAGAUAUGAAUAUGCGUAGAUUACAAGUAUGGUUCGAUAUUUGGGGUUCAAUGCAAGGUAGUACUAAUGAUGCAAUGGCUAUAGGUGUGGAAUGUGCUAAAAUAAUUAUUGUGUUCCUAUCAAAAGCAUACAUUGAAUCGACAAAUUGUCAACUAGAAUUUCGAUAUGCUAUUCAACGUGGAAAAGCUUUUGUUGUUCUACGUACAGAACCUGGUAUAGUAAUGGAACAAUAUAUGUUAGAAGCUAUACAAGGUUUUCCUCAAUAUGAUGUUUAUUCAUAUAAUACUUUAAAACAAUCAAUUAAUGGAGUUCCAUUAAUUGAUGUAAUCGUUCAGAAUAUACGUUUACUUGCUCAAGCUCAACCACCUGAUCCAAUCGAUGAUUGUUCAGCUGAACUCUUUGAAUUACGUUCACUUGUUGAUGAUGCACGUGAUGCAUUAAAUGCUGAGACGGGUAUAGCUCGUUACAAAAUAUGUACUCGAUGCGGACAACAAUAUGAUGAUUACUCGAAAGAUGGUUGUAAAAAACAUGCAGAAUAUUUUCUAGGUGGUGGUGGUCUACUCGAAGAUCAAUGGGUUUGUUGUCGACAACAAACAGCAGCUUCACCUGGCUGUAUACCAUGUCAACAUAUUGAUCAACCACGUGUAUUCGUUGAAGAUCCACGCUAUGGUUCAUCAACAUGGAAACCAGCUUAA